AUGGAUAAGGAUAGGGUCUCAGAGAAUGCGGAAGCGGAGCUUCGACGCCGGCGGGAUCGUGGAAAGGCUACCCAGCGUGCUUUUCGUCAACGACAAUCGGCUUCUGUGCAGAAGCUAAAGGAGGAAAAUGCGCAACUCAAAGAUCUUGCCGCAGAGUUUGUACGCGCAGCCAAGUCCGAAGACCCUUUACGACUGCAGGCAGUCGUCAAACGAGCUGAAGAGUUGUGUGAGCCGGGCCCCGGGGAGGGCACGCCGGGGAAGAAGACAGAGACCGAAGUCCAGCCCACAUUGACACCGGAGAGCUCAGAGUCUGCCUGGACACAGUCGCAGGAUGUAAGACUCGUCGCAAACCACCCACAGCCAUCCGGAGACGACCGACAGGCUCUUCGUGACAAAGCCAUGCCUAUAGGGGGACGCCUCAGCCCCCGUCUCGACUACGGAGUUUGGUUCGAGCCGUCCCAGCCGGUCAGGAUCUUUGAGCCGCCCCCGGAUAUCGCCCCCUACGUCGGCGCCGGCAAGUACACCAUGGCUGGCCGGCUGGCCUGGGCCUGCAUGGAGUACUGCUACGACGCUCUGCAGGAGGUCAAAGCCCAGCACGCCAUCACGAACAGCUGGACCCUCCCGCCCGAUUCGGCUUUCCGCAACAUCUACGAGCGCACGGUGCUCGAGUCCGAGGCCCUGCGCGACGUGAGCUUCAUCGUGGCCAUGGUCGACGUCCGCAUGGACUUUAUCAAGCUCGGCUACAUGUCCGGCAGCCACCCGGGCGCCGACGCCGUCAAGUCCGAGCUGCUAAAGCACCGCAUCUUCGAGGACUUUACCUCCAAGGGCAUAUCGCGUGACCAGCUCUGGUCGCCGCUCGACGCGGAGCGGUACAUCGAGGAGAGGUUGGGCUCCUGCCAGUUCGCCCGGUUCCAGCACGCCCUGAUCCAUAACGCGCCGGCGCAGCGCCGCUUGUUUGAUCCCCUCGCCCGCGGCAUGGCUCCAGGCUGCCUGUGCUUGGGCAACGGGCCGGGCUGGCACGCCAUCUACGCCGCCAGAGCGAUCGACUCUUGGCUAGCGAUGUGCCGCCUUGGCUGGCAACCUAGCGAGCCCUGCGAUGAGGAGGCCGCUGCUGGUCUCGGGGUUGCCAAUCUGAUAUGA